GAAUGCAAAGAAGUCGCUAAAAAAACAAAAAUAUUUCCUCCCUGAUACUUGCGCAUGCGCGCCAUGCUAGCCGUCUUGGGGGCAAUAGAAAACAGUCAGAAACAUUAUGUGCGGUUGUGAGUACGUGUGUGCAUGUGUGUCUCCUGGGAUGUUUAUGUUGAGCGCUGCCAUCUAGUAACAAGAGCUGUCACAAGUAUCCCGGCGAGCGUUGCUUAUCGUUACUUCCAUAUUAUGAAGAAGAUUGCCGUGACCCAGAUGACGCCCGGAGCCCACAUGCGUGUGCCACUGUUCGUCGUCCGCCUCAGUGUUCAUCCUAGCCCGAGCGAGCACUGCGCCCAGCGACCAUAAUGGAGGCCAGCACCGCCGACCACCUGCUGAUCAAGAGUGUGGACGACAUCACUGAGUCCUGGGUGAGGGAGUUGCUCUUACACAGGUGCGACCUGCCAGAUCCGAAGCCUCCUGUGCUGGUGAAGAGCUGGGUGAAAGGCAAGUGUCCGUCCGGUGACCCUCUUGCGGGCUUCUCGAGUAUGAGGGCGACUGUGCAAGUGGCGUACGAGGUCGAGGGCGAAGGAGGAACACUCAGAAAGGAAACCUUCGUGGUGAAGCUCAUACCCACACUUGGUUUCAUGUCGGAGCUGCUGGUAUCGGAAGGGAUGCACCACAACGAGGUGGGUCAGUACAAGUACUUCCUCCGGUCCCUCGCGGCGUGGGAGGCGGAGCGGAGGGGCGUGUCCUGCGGGGUCCUUUGCGAGAUGAUCCCCCCGCACUCCCUCGCCGUCAGCUGCGAUCAGCACUUCACACUCGUCCUGCCAGAGCUGCGGGAGCUCGGCUACACGGCGACCAACAUGCCUACGGGUCUGGACGAGGACCAGAUCAUGGUGGUGGUGAAGAACAUCGGGUGCUUCCAUGGCUCCGUGGUCGCCUUCAAGACAAUCACUGGCGUCAACCUCGAAGAAGCUUUUCCCAAGUGCUUCCUGCAGACUAGUCCUGACAGCCCACUCUUCUCCACGUUUACACAGGCAGGGUUUGACAAGCUGAAGGAGGAGUGGGCGGGCGACCCCAGCCGGGCACAGAUGCUGGAGAUGCUGGAGCCUUACGAGACGCACGCGGCGCCCUUCAUCAUCAGCGGCCUGCAGCCCAAGGAGCCCUUCGCCACGGCCAUCCACGGCGACCUGCAGCCCUCCAACCUCUUCUUCAAGGAGAAGACCGACGGGGAACACACCAUAAAAGUGAUUGACUGGGCACUGGCACGGUACUCCCAGGGCCCCUACGACCUGGUUUACCUCAUGCACAUGGGGGUCAACAAGGACACGAGGCGGAAGGUCAUGUCCUCGGCCACGGAAGAAUAUUACAAGGCUUUUAACGAGGCACUCACCGACCUGGGCGCUGGCAUGACCUACCCGAGACACGUGUUCGAGGAGCAACUCACUCUCGGGAAGGAACUGAUGAUCAUCUGGGGCAUCUCCUCGAUCAACCUGUUCUCCCGCACCCUUAACCUCAAAGAACGUCUCCACGCCCUCGUCGCUGACCUCCUGCACGACCCGGAUGUAAAGCCUCCACGACCUCCCUUUGUGACAUGAAACCAAUGUGGAAACCUUACGCUUCUUCAUUCAUCCUAACUCAUUACAUUUUUUUUAUUGUUAUUGUUGUCAUCUCUACUGCCGUACCUCCUAUGCCCUCCUUCUCUUCGUCAGACACCCAAAGGCAUCAUCAUCAUUUGUCUGUGGUCCUCAUCAUGCCAAUGUUCUUUCAUUAACACGGAGAACAUUCAUUUUUUAUAUUAUCCACAACACUGUACCAUUCUUACGGUACGACAGCUCAUUCUACAUAAUGGCUGUAGUCUGAUAAGAUUCUGAGGUGUAAAAAAAAACAUUCCUAUUAACAUGUUCAAUAUAGAAGUAGAAUAGACUCGAUGUUUAUGAUAUAUCAGCCGUCUAACAAAAAUCAAUAUGUGUGUAUGUUUAGAAUCAGUUUAGAAACGACGAAUGUCUCAUUAACAAAACUUCACCAUGAAAAAACAAUGCACCAAGUCUGAUCACUAUACAUGAGUGUGAAGAAUUAAUAUACUUUUGGUCGUAAUAUGUACUGUAGGCUAAUGAUGCCAUGUAUCAUCGUGUACAGCACUAAGAUUUGUAUUUUUUUCAUUGAAAUACAUCAAGUAAAAUUUUUA